CAUAGACUCGAUGUGCACCCAGACCCCUAGCAGCUCUCAACAGGAAGUGAGAAGCACACCACAGCACUGACUUCAGGUCAGUUUCAAGAACUUAACUUCCCAUACAUUAGCAUUAUCAGAGAAAACAACAGGACUGGUGUCAGAUCAGGACCACUUCAGCCCACAUGAAACAGUGACACUUCCUUGUGUAUAAAUUUGACAGCAUUUCUCCUCAUGCGUGCUUAUUAUCUGGACAUGAAGUGAGUUCCUGGCAUUCAGAGAGAAAGAAAAGCCAGAUGUGGAAGUCUUGUAAAAGACUCGCCUGGAAUUUUUUCAAAACUCAUCAGAAGACACUAAUCAAGCCUAUGCAGAGAAAGUGAUGUGUUCAUUCAUCAAUUCAUAAGAGAAACUUAUAACAGAGUAAACAUGGCAAACAUGUUCCCUUGUGUCAGUGCACUUUAGCCUUUUCUACUUUAUUAAGCUGUGCGUGUUUUAGCAGAAAUACAGUGAGUGUCCGUGACACAGUUCAUGAGAAGUGAGAAAGCCGCUAAACCACUUUCAGACAAUACACUGCCUGUAAAAAGGACAUUAUAUAUAUAUAACACAGUAGGCGCACUUUUUUUGUGUUUACUCCCACCCACAGCAAACACUUCUAGAUUAAGAGACCUCAGACUCUCAGUGAGUGAGUGAGGAAGUGUUUUUGGUGUCUUGGACUUGAUCGUCUAGUGUUGACUCCACAGUCUGAGUCGAGCUGUAGCAGGACAAACAGUCAUUCACUAACAGCAAUGUGGGACUUUCAAGGAUAUCGUGUUUCCAGCUUUGGAGUGCUAAUGUUUGGAAUUCUUCAGGGUGUGUGUGUUGGUUUGGCUGACACAGUGAUGGUGCUAAAAGUUGGGAGCUCCCUGGAUCUUCCUGUUCAAUACCCAAUUGAAUCAGUGUUAUUGGUUCAGUGGGUCUUCAAUGGGAAAACUUUUGCUGAAUACAGUACAGACCAGAGUUACACACUUCUGGAAUCCCAGUUCAGUGGAAGAUUAAAGGAGGACAAUGAUAGAGUUGGAGUAACUGUACAAGAUCUUCAACCCCAAGACUCUGGGACAUUCUCAGUGACUGCAGAAGACACUGAAACACAGCUUCCAACACAGACAUUUAAAGUUUAUAUUCAAAUUCCCAUAACAACUGUGCAGAUUGAGAAGAAUCAGACGUGGAGAUUGUCCACAAACAGCUGUGAUGUUGAUGUGAAGUGUGCAGCGCUCGGAGCUGAGAGUGUCUCCUACCUGUGGAGCGGCUAUAAGACUGGGAGUGGAGCUCAGCUGCAGUUCAGUCUCUCACCAGCAGAAGGAGCUGUUACACUGAACUGCACUGCAGCUAACAACGUCAGUUCCAGUUCUGCUACAGAGACACUGAGCUGUAGCUCUGAACAUCCAGGAACAGGUGCCAUACCAGAGUAUGUGUUGAUUGCAGUAGCAGGAAGUGCUCUAACUGUAAUCUUCAUUGUGACUGCUGGACUGACUUGUUGGUGGAGAUCUCGCAAAAUUGGCAGUGCUUCUGAAGGGGGUAAUACAGUGUAUGCAGAUGUCAAUCCCGUACCCACCGUGCAGAAAGAUAAGCGAUCUGAGAGUGUUGUAAAUGGAAUGACAGUUUAUGAAACUGUGGACGAUCUCAGAGUGAACCCAGAAAUGACUAUUUAUGCUAAAGUGACACUUCCACAGCAUACAAAGGUCGGUGCUACCUCUUCCUCGCCUUACCAGCAAGUUCUCUAAACUGUAAAAACAUUAAGGAACCUUAUUCUUCAUACUGUUUAUUGAUUUUGUAUGUUUCCUAAUAUUUGUACUGUGUUUUAUUUUUAUAUUAUGAGAUAUACGCAAGUAGUAAAGAAUUAUGAAAUUGUGCACAUUUCUAUAAAGAACAUUAAUGUUCCAGUGUGUAGUGAGCCAGGGUCUUUACCAGUGUUCAAACCUGUGUACAUGAUAUGAUUCAUGACCUAGUGAGCUAGAGAGCUGAUUGAGAUGCACCAUUUGUCUUUUUUUUUUUUUUUUUUUGUAAAUCAUGUCUUGUUAUGGUACACUGUAUUACAUUUGACAGCUAAGAAAAAAUGUGUUCUCCAUCUUCAGUCUUAAUUCUCCGAUAUUUUAGCCGGCCUAAAUGCUACUGAAAAGUCAUGUCAGUCGCUUAUACUCAAGAAAAAUCUGGCAAACUACACACAGGUGAUUUGCAUAAUCUAAAUGGAGAGCGCAGAAAAUCAAUUUAAGUCCUUGUGUAAACUUGGCAAUCCAUGUAAUGUAACUUUAAUUAUAUAACUAUUGAUGUAUCAUUUGAAUUUAUGUCUCCAACUCUGAAUGCAACCCAUUAUCAUUUGAUGUACCAGGUAUUUUCUUCUUUUGUAACAGAGUUAUAUCCAUGGAUUCUAUCCACUUUGCUCUCUUAUUGACUUAUUUUUAGAUUUUCAUCAAGCACGGCUUUAUUUUACUGUCACAAGUUGCCAUAGGUAACCACAUGGUAUGACCCAAUAAAUCGUUUAAUUAAAUUGAUUUAAUAACCCAUGGUUAGCAUGGCUUUGGCUGUAUCUAUACAACAAUAAUAAUCUCAAUCAUCACAUAAUAACCAGAUUACACAAUAAUUAUGGAUUAAGUCUGCUAUUCUUUAUUUAAGCUUGCACUGCCCCUCCUGACCUGCAAGAGUCAGUACAUCACAGUAAAGCAGGUCUUCUGGUGUAAUGGAUGACAACGAAGAACAACCACAAAACGCAGAACAAUCUCAUACCACAAUUAAUGCACACAUACAAAUCCUUAUACACUCUAAGUCUAGAACUAUACAAACUGAGGUACUUUCUAACCUCUGCUCGUUUCCAUCUCUUCCAUUUUUUUCUUCGACUACCUUGACAAUCAAGGGAGGCAGUAACAUGACAUGUGUUGUAUAUAAAAUAUACAUGAAAUAAACACGAGGGAGGUAUGAGUAGUAUGUAAUUUUAUUGAAAAUUCACUGGGCUGAUGUUCACCUAAGACACAACACACACAGAUAAGCAAGGCCAAACCAUACAUGUAUUUGAUUAGUGCGGCAGGCCUCAGAGCGUAGGUGGACGGUCAACUAAGAGACACACACACACAGAGGCCUAUGCUGCCACGCACACACAUACAGAAGGAAAACAGAACAUUAUAAGAAUAAUAAAAGGAGUAUUCGGAUAUUAUAAGGAUAAUAUAAGGAUUAUAAGGAUUUUAUAAUGAUAUUAUGAAGUAUGGAGUACAGAAAAGGGGGUAAAAUACUUGCAAACAGUAUAACCAGAUAUAAAACAGAAAUGUAGAGCAAAUAUGAAAAGAAAAAAGCAUUAUUAAACAGAAAUACAGAAAAAUGUGAAAGAAACUUACCCCAUAAUGCACUUGAAGGUGAGGAGGAUUCUUGUCUCACGAGAAAAAGUCAGGAGUAACACAGACGAAGGCCUUAAUUUUUAAGAGAGAACCAAGACGGGCCGUUUAUAAGGGCAGUUGUGUCAAGGUGCACCUGCGAGAUAACCGUCGAUAGGAAUGGCUAGGGCCGCGAGAUAACCAUCGAUGGGAACAGCGGACCCCGUGAGACCAAGGUCUCUCCGAAAUGUUGAGUCUCGUACCUAUUGGUAUUAUGGGAAAGCUCUUUCGAAAACCUAAUUGUGUUCGGGGAAGGCUCUUUCUAAAACAUAAUGGUAUUGUGGGAAAGCUCUUUCUAAAACAUACUGGUAUUGUGGGAAAGCUCUUUCUAAAACAUAAUGGUAUUGUGGGAAAGCUCUUUCUAAAACGUACUGGUAUUGUGGGAAAGCUCUUUCUAAAACAUAAUGGUAUUGUGGGAAAGCUCUUUCUAAAAUGUAUUGGUAUCAUGGGAAGGUUCUUUCUAAACAUAUU